UGUUGUGUUCUUCAUAUUCUGUGUCAAAAUUGAUGUCAGUUGCAAUAAGCACGUGUGAUAAAAGGCUUGUACAAAUUCGUUGAGAACUUACUUGUUGAAAUAUAUAAAUAAUUAAUUAUAUCGUAUAAGUUAGAGAAAUACAUUCAUAAAUAUGGGAAAAAAAGUGCAUAAUGCGAAAGCGCGACAGAAUCCAAAUAUAAUUGUCGAUAACACAGCAAUAAAAAAUAUACGUAUUGAAUUAAAUGAUGGAAUAAGUGGUGCAGGAUAUGAUGAAGCUAAUGCUUUGGUUUUGCCAUCACAAAAACGGCAAACCAAAAUUAAAGCUGAGAAGAUUCAACAUGUAAAAAUUUUGUCCAAAAAGCAAAGAAAACAUUUGCAAACGAUUGUUGAUAAAAAAAAGAAAAAAGAAAGUCGUGCUGAACUGCUGCAAGAGUUGUCCAAAGUACAAGUUCCAGCAGUGGAAUUAGAGCAAUAUGCAUCACUAAGUCAAGUGCAAACUCUUGGAAACAAGAAGCUACAAACGCUUGAUGCUUUACUGCAAAAAAAGCGUGAAAAACAAUUAGCAGAACAAAAUUCUGUGCCUGGUGGUAAAAUAAACUCCAUUAAAGGUGCAGCAAAACGUAAAUUAAUGGUAGAGGAAGAAGCUGAAAUAGAAGCUAAACGCAAUAAUCCUAAUAUUCUGAGUUUGAACGAAGAAAGUGAAAGUAGUGAAUCCGAAAGUGAUGUUGAUAUCAAUCAGGAGUUGGAAAAAACAGUUUCUGUCGUGUCAACAGAGCCGACAAGUGAUGAAAAGUUGACUAAUAUCGAGUUAUGUGAUAAAAUGAACAAAAAACUUGGGCUUGAUACAAGCGCUAAAAAUUUGCCCUCCACAAGUACGCAAAAAGCGAGUGACACUGUAGAAAAACCUAGUGAUGUUGUGACAAGACCUACCAUAUUUGUGCCUGUGCACCGCGAUCCUGAUAUACAAGCAGCAAGACUUAAACUGCCAAUACUUGCAGAGGAACAAAUAGUAAUGGAAACCAUUAAUGAUAAUUCUAUUGUUAUAGUCGCUGGUGAAACAGGAUCUGGUAAAACUACACAAAUACCACAAUUCCUCUAUGAAUCUGGGUAUGCUGAGAAUGGUAAAAUGAUUGGUAUCACUGAACCACGUCGUGUGGCUGCUAUAGCUAUGUCAAAACGUGUGGCACAUGAAAUGAACUUAACUGAACGUGAAGUAUCAUAUCUUAUUCGUUUUGAAGGAAAUUGUAAUCCAAAUACGCGUAUUAAAUUCAUGACUGAUGGUGUACUUCUAAAAGAAAUUGAAAGUGAUUUUCUUCUACUCAAGUAUUCCGUUAUAAUACUUGACGAGGCGCACGAACGUAGUUCCUACACUGAUAUCUUAGUUGGUUUAUUAUCUCGUAUAGUGCCACUUCGUCACAAACGUAAAAAUCCUUUGAAAUUGAUUAUAAUGUCUGCUACAUUGCGUGUUGAGGAUUUUACAAAUAAUACGCGUUUGUUUAGCAAUCCUCCACCACUGCUUAAAGUGGAGGCACGCCAGUUUCCUGUAACCGUGCAUUUUCAAAAAAUCACACCACCCAACUAUGUUGAUGAGGCUUUUCGGAAAACUUGCAAAAUACAUUCCAAACUGCCCGAAGGUGGCAUAUUGAUUUUUUUAACUGGUCAACAAGAAGUUAAUCAAUUGGUACGAAAACUGCGACACGCUUUUCCGUACGUUAAGAAUGAUGACAAACAGAAUCUUGGAAAAAUUCAGGAUCAAAAUUCAGUAACUGAAAAUACAAAAGGCAACUCAGAAACAAUAGAAGAGAAAGACAAAGAAACAUCUAACAACGAUAAUGAUGAUGAUAUCGAAUUUGAUAUGCAACGCGCCAUACGUAAUGUAAAAAAAUCGAAGAAGAAAUUUCUUUCACAAAUAGCUUUACCUAAAAUUAACUUGGAUGAUUAUAAAUUGCCUGGUGAUGAUACUGAAGCUGAUAUGCAUGAUAUUACAAAUGCGUCGGAUGAUGAAGCUGAUACAGAUGAUGAGAAUGAGGAAGAAAAUGAACUUGAUACACAAGAAAAUAUAGCCGCGACAAAACAACCACUUUGGGUGCUACCACUAUAUUCUUUAUUAUCUACAGAAAAACAAAGUCGCAUUUUUCAACCUGCUCCUGAAGGUUGUCGUCUAUGUAUAGUUAGUACGAAUGUUGCUGAAACUUCGCUCACGAUACCAAAUAUUAAAUAUGUCGUAGAUAGUGGUCGACAAAAGACACGUCUUUAUGAUAAGAUCACCGGUGUAAGUGCUUUUGUUGUCACUUAUACGUCAAAAGCAUCAGCUGAUCAACGUGCCGGUCGCGCAGGUCGUGUUAGUGCUGGUCAUUGUUAUCGUCUCUAUUCUAGUGCUGUUUAUAAUGAUGAAUUUGAAGAUUUCAGUAUGCCUGAUAUACAAAAGAAACCUGUUGAUGAUCUUAUGCUACAAAUGCGUUGUAUGGGCAUUGAUCGUGUUAUUAAUUUUCCAUUUCCUUCACCACCUGACAAGGAGCAAUUAGAGGCUGCUGAACAGAGGUUGAUUGUUUUGGGUGCUUUAGAAAAAGUUCCCAAUGCUGAUAUUAACAAAAACUUGCCGCCUGCAGUUACUAAGCUUGGACAUGUCAUAUCACGUUUUCCGGUUGCACCACGAUUUGGUAAAAUGUUGGCGUUAUCGCAUCAGCAAAAUUUAUUGCCCUACACUGUUUGCUUAGUGGCUGCAUUGUCUGUUCAAGAAGUGCUUACGGAGAUUAAUUAUGAUCGUGAGAAGGUCGAUGAUGACAAUCUGAUGACAAAUAAGUGGCAAAAGAAGAGGCAAACCUGGGCAGGAACUGGAAAUUUUCAAUUACUCGGCGAUCCAAUGGUAUUGCUCCGCGCAGUCGGUGCUGCUGAAUAUGCUGGUUCACAGGGAAAAUUAACACAGUUUUGCUUGGAAAAUGGCCUGCGUCACAAAGCUAUUACAGAAGUACGAAAAUUGCGUGUACAACUAACAAAUGAAAUAAACCUCAGUAUGACGGAUGUUAAUCUAAGCGUUGAUCCAAGUAUGGCACCACCAACCGAUGCACAAGCACGUUUUAUGCGACAAAUCUUACUGGCGGGUAUGGGUGACCGAGUGGCUCGUAAAAUAACACUAUCAGACAUAAGUGAUAAAGAAGAAAAAAGACGUUUAAAAUAUGCAUAUAAUUGCAUGGAUAUGGUAGAGCCCGUUUUUAUACACUCCUCAUCUGUGUUAAAACAAAAACUACCCGAAUGGGUGGUGUAUCAGGAAGCAUACGAGACGCGUAAUGGUGAUGUGACCAAAAUGUAUAUACGUGGCAUAACAGUUAUUGAACCUGAAUGGCUUUUAUUAUAUGUGCCUUUAUUGUGUAAUAUACGCAAUAUAAAAGAAGAUCCUUUACCAAAAUAUAAUGAGAAAGACGGUAAAGUUUAUUGUUAUGCUGAUGCUUCAUUCGGUAAAGCGGGUUGGGAGUUGCCUUUAACAGAAAUAGAAAUGCCUUUAAGUGAAAAAUCUUGCAGUUACUUUGGUAUGUUUUUGUUGGAUGGUAAAGUAUGUGAGAAACUCGCAGAUUUCAAAUCUAAAUUGAAAUCUACUCCAUCUUCCCUUGUGAAAAGUUGGUCGAAUCUAAACGAAAACAUUUUACGUUUUAAACGUGCACUGAUAGGGAAAGAAAUUAAUACACAACAAAAACUAUUCAAUGUUUGGAGCGAAAACAAAACUUAUUUGCUAGAGGAAUAUCACAGUUUGCUAUAUGAUGUCACCUUUGCAGAAUUAUCAGUUAUUUGGCCGCCAACAAAAUAACUUUUAUUAUAAAUAAAUGUAUAUAUUGAUUUUAGAUUAUUAAGAUUUUUGUAUAAUUAAGUAAAGAAUAGCUUAGGAACAGUGGUUCCUAAUCUUUUUUUGAUUAGACACCGCUAUGACGUUUUGUUUUUAG